AUGGAUAAACGACCGUUUAUAGUACUUGAUCCUUUAAAAAAAGAAGUGAUUUUACAGCAAAUACUUGCUAAUGUUAACAAUGCUAUUAAUAUUAGAAUGAGAACAAAUUACUCAUUUACAAACACCAUUGAAUUAGGAUUAACAUAUAAUGAGUGUAUGACGAAUUUUCUCGAUGACUUUGACAAAUCUGAUAAGGGGUUGUCUGAUAAGGAAAUCAAGGGUUGGCAUAGAAUUAUCUAA